AUGAGGGACCCGACAGUAGAUAUGGAGCAACGUAAUACAUCACCGCACCAGGCUUCCAGUCUUCAGGCUGAGGCCCCGAGGAGGACCCAGAAGUCCGUCCGAGUUGCCUUUGGCCCUGACUUGGAAACGCAUAUCCCACCUCGCCAAAGAUCCCCUGCACCGAUUUCAAAUCACCAUCGCUCAUUUACCACUGUCGAACACCACAAGCCUCCACCGGCUAGGCCGACGAGCUCUUCUGGCGAGAACACAACGCCUACCGAGGGCAAUUCGCGGUUUACUUCAGACCAAGAUUCCAGUAGUAGUGCACGGCCAACGGCGGCUCUGAAGAGGGCCAAGAGUGACUAUGGACCCCGCGGAGGUUUCGAUAAGCCCGUGGUCGUCGAUAACGAGGAUGAGGAGGACUUUGCGAUGAGGCAUGGGUGGCAGGAGGAAUACACGUCGAGCGAGUACCUCAAGGUGCUUCAUUCGAACUUCUACAUGUACUUUACGGAGAAACGUCACGAGACAAAUGGAUUUCCGAGAGACCCUGUUGGAAGCUGGCCAUCCCAGGACUGGCGGAUGAAGGACCGCCUCAAGACUGUUUCUGCUGCGUUGGCGAUUUGUCUGAACAUCGGUGUUGAUCCUCCGGAUGUCGUCAAGACAAAUCCAACCGCUAAACUCGAAUGCUGGGUCGACCCGACAUCCACCACCGGCGGCGGCAACAACAAGCUGAUGGAGCAAAUUGGAAAAAAACUGCAAGAGCAAUACGAGACACUUAGUCUUAGGACGCGGUACAAGCAAUACCUCGACCCUUCUGUUGACGAAACCAAGAAGUUUUGUGUAUCGCUCCGCCGAAACGCCAAAGACGAAAGAGUUCUCUUCCACUACAAUGGUCACGGUGUCCCGUUGCCCACUCAGUCCGGAGAGAUAUGGGUUUUCAACAAAAAUUACACACAGUACAUCCCUGUGUCCUUGUACGACCUACAACAAUGGCUUGCGGGGCCCAGUCUUUUUGUGUUCGAUGUUUCUCAUGCAGGGAACAUAGUCCAAAACUUCCACACCUUUGUUGAGAAACACGAGAAAGAAAACCUCGAGCAGAAAAGGCUUGAUCCGAAUGCUAUCGUUCAGAACUAUGGAGACUGCAUCAUCCUUGCGGCGUGCCAAAAGAAUGAAUCCCUUCCGACGAAUCCAGAUCUCCCGGCGGAUUUGUUUACAUGCUGCCUGACCACACCGAUCGAGAUUGCGUUGCGCUAUUUCAUUCUCCAAAACCCACUUCAAUCCAAUAUCCGAAUCGACGACUUUCGGGUUCCCGGUCGCUUACAGGACCGCAGAAGUCCUCUCGGAGAGUUGAACUGGAUCUUCACGGCCAUCACCGACACGAUUGCGUGGAAAACUCUACCACGAGCCCUCUUCAAGAAACUUUUCCGGCAAGACCUUAUGGUGGCGGCAUUGUUCAGGAACUUUCUGCUGAGCGAGCGCAUCAUGCGCACAUACAAAUGCCAACCAAUCUCAUCACCAGAACUCCCAGAGACCCAUAAUCACCCCCUCUGGAAAAGCUGGGACCUGGCGGUUGAAAUGGUUCUUGCUCAGCUGCCUGCCCUUAUCGAUCAUGAGGAAGGUCGCAGACAAUACGAGUAUCAACAUUCCACAUUCUUCGCGGAACAACUUACUGCGUUUGAGAUGUACUUAUCAUCUGGCCCAACCGAGAAGAGCCCACCAGAUCAGUUACCCAUCGUUCUGCAGGUCCUUUUGAGUCAGGCGCACAGGUUGAGAGCCCUGAUCCUGCUUAGCAAGUUCCUCGACUUAGGACCAUGGGCUGUCCACUUGGCUUUGAGCAUUGGUAUAUUCCCCUAUGUUGUGAAGCUUCUGCAGUCGGCGGCUCAGGAGUUGAAACCGGUCAUGGUAUUCAUUUGGGCAAGAAUCAUGGCUGUCGACCACACAGUCCAGAAUGACCUUUUGAAGGACAACGGCAUCCACUACUUCAUCUCCAUCCUUAACCCAUCCUCACCUAUUCCCGUGGGUAACGCUAGCGAACACCGAGCCAUGUGUGCCUUCAUUGUUUCAAUAUUCUGCAAGAAUUAUACACAAGGACAGAACGUAUGCCUAUCAUCCGACCUCUUCGAAUCCUGUUUGAUACAUCUGAUGGAUGUUGAAAACCCCCUGCUGCGACAGUGGUCGUGCCUCUGUAUCAGUAUGCUGUGGUCAGACUUUCCGGAGGCCAAGUGGAUGGGAAUUCGGUGUUCUGCGCCGAUGAGACUUUGCGAACUAAACUUCGACCCCGUCCCAGAAGUCAGGGCCGCAAUGCUUCAUGCCCUGAUGACCUUCCUCGGUAUCCCCGAUCUGACCGAUCAGGUGGCACAGAUUGAGGAAUCUUUAGCCCUUGCCGUCCUACCGAUGGCUUCCGAUGGUAGCGUGAUUGUCAGGAAAGAGCUCCUUGUGUUCUUUUCAACUUUCGUGAAGCGCUAUCAGAACAAAUUCCUUGUUGCUGCUUACGAGGAACUUCAGGAUGAAAAGCUGAACCUUCUCGGUAAACUAGGCUUAGAUAGCUCUCCGCCUGCAGAGACGGGUACUGCAGGCAAGCCUCAGCCACUGUCCAAGAACACAACAUUUGGCACAAUCUGGAAGCAACUUCUGAUUCUCUCCGUUGAUCCCCAUCCUGACAUUGCGCAGGAUGCGGGGAUAAUUGUGGAUUACAUGCAUCAGUUGUUACUCGAAUCUCCUAUGGCCGCGCUAACUGGACGACUUCGCAAGGAAAUAUUGGACCUCUCAAAUCAAGUUGACCAACAGUCCCAGGUUCGUGAAAAGCCGAAUCUGAAGAAGGCUGCGCCGCCGCCGCCUCCUCCCACCGCGCCCCCGAAGCAAGAAGGGUACCUCUCAUUGAGCCUUAGGCGGACUGCUAGUGUAGCAGCAUCGCUAAAAAAUCUCGCAUUUGGCGGCCCUUCGCAGGGAGAAUCAUCCCAAGGAUCGGAGGCAUCAACAUCACCCCAAAGUCGUGCACCUGCCACCCCACGAGGGCGAGCUCCUCCGGAAUGGACUCGGCCACCCGAGGUCAACGACCAACUUGCUCCUGCAACAACAUACCAACAAGCACCAGUUCCCACUUCGCGUGGGUUUGAACGCAGAGAUUCAUCAGUUGCCCCAAGCAUUCCACUAUACUUCCGCGAACCGCAAAUGAAACCCAAUGAACCCGACGAGCCCGGUAGCGCGGAUUACAAUGAACGUCUCUGGAGGCGCAGCCGCAACGAGAAAAUCAUUUCGGAGACCCAGCCCCUGAAAGGAAAAGCAGGCAGCAGCCGCUGGGAUAACUCGAUAGCGCUGUUAUCGAACGCCACUCAGCCCCUAAAGAUGUGCUUUCAUCAGUUCGAGGACCACAUUGCCGUGGCCGAUGAUAGAGAUACGAUUGCGAUCUGGGAUUGGCAGAAUCACAAACGCCUCAACCGUUUCUCCAACGGGAACCCAUUGGGAUCCAAGAUCAACGAAGUUCGUUACAUAAACGAGGAUGACCAAGCUCUUCUGAUGACAGGGUCGUCGGAUGGCGUGCUCAAAGUGUUCCGCAACUAUGAAUCAGCCAAAGACGUCGAAAUCGUGACCGCUUUCAGAGCAUUACCGGAACUAAUCCCUAGUAACCGGAACGCCGGCCUUGUUCUCGACUGGCAGCAGGGUCAAGGUAAAGCUCUGGUCGCCGGUGAUGUCAAAGUCAUCCGGGUGUGGAAUGCGGCAACAGAAGUCUGCACGACUGAUAUUCCCGCCCGCUCCGGCUCCUGCAUCACGUCUCUAACUUCUGACCAAGUUGCGGGCAACAUCUUCGUGGCCGGCUUUGGCGACGGCGCAGUCCGCGUUUUCGACCAGCGCCUCAAACCCACAGCGUCAAUGGUCAAAGUAUGGCGCGAACAUAAACAGUGGAUCACCAACGUCCAUAUGCAGCGCGGGGGCCUCAGGGAACUCAUCUCCGGCAGUCGAAACGGCGAAAUCAGACUUUGGGAUCUGCGCAUGGAUAAUCCCAUCUCAACGAUUUACGGCACAAGAGAUACCCUGCGCACACUGAGCGUCCACGAACACGCGCCUGUUUUCAUGGUCGGCACAAACCGCCAUGAAGUAAAGACUUACAACGUUGACGGAACCCACCUUUCUACCUUCGAGCCUUACUCAAGCUUCCUCCACCAUAACCGCUCCUCGCCCAUCUCCAGUACAGCCUUUCACCCGCACCGCACCCUCUUCGCCUGCGCCGCGCUCAACGAUAAUCAUAUCAAUCUGCAUGGCCGUCAGUUCGUAUGUCCUGCACUCGUAAAGCAAAGCAACGGACUCGAGUAUCUCUGA